AUGUCAGGCAGAGCCAGAGGUGUCGCAGCAAACCACUUCCGGGGCGCGCUGUCGCGGUGGCCGGCAGAUCCGCUCCGGCCCGAGUGCCAGCUGCAGGAUGUGCUCGCCAAGCGGCUUGAGAAGGGCAAUUUGGCGCCGCUGAUUAGGGGCUCGACACAGGAACUGUCUGAUCUCAAGCAAGCGAAUGCGCUGUACUCGCUGCUGGAAGACCGGUACAAGAACAAGUACCGCGCUGCCACCAAGAUCUUCGAACCCAAGAGCAACCCGACAUAUUACAAGGAUUUGCUCAAGGAGCUUGAGGAGGCGCCGAACAGAACAUGGCUGCAGCGGAUAGCCAAGAGGCUGAGUGGGAUCGUCCGCUUCUCAUAA